AUGCCUGAAGAAAAGAAAGACUCAUCAGGGCCAGAUGGGGGUGAUCUGAAAUCAGUCAUGACCGAGGUCGGGCAAGGGGUUCUGAGAGACUCGAGGGUCGAGGAUGCUGAUCCAGCUCUCCGGUUCGCGGAAGGCGAGGUUAUCGAGUACACCGAAACGGAGAGCAAGGAGGUCUUGCGCAAGAUAGACUGGGCGUUGAUGCCGUUGCUAUGCUGGGUCUAUGCGAUACAGUUCGCCGACAAAACUUCUCUAAACUAUGCAUCGCUAAUGGGAAUUCGGACGGACACCCACCUGGAUCCCAACUCGCAGCAGUAUAGUUGGGUCUCCAGCAUUUUCUAUGCAGGAUAUAUCUUCUGGGAAUUUCCGACCACAUAUUUGCUCCGUCGUCUACCCUUGGGCAAAUACACGUCAGUUAACAUCGCUUUCUGGGGUGUCGUGCUCGUGUGCCACGUUUUUACGCACAACUAUGCCGGCCUUCUUACUGUCCGGUUUUUCCUUGGUGCGUUCGAGGCUACUGUCACACCAGCAUUUGUGCUUUUCACCUCCUGCUGGUACAAGCAGAACGAGCAGGCUAAGCGGAUGGGCUUCUGGCUUAGCUGCAACGGUGUUGCGCUUUUGCUUAUCGGUCCAAUCGCCUAUGGACUGUCCGCGGUCCAUAAUGCUGCGCUUGAAUCCUGGAAGAUUCUAUUCCUCGUCCUGGGACUACCUACAGUCGUCACGGGUCUUUUUUACCUGUGGUACAUGCCUGACAACCAGAUCAACGCUCGGUUCCUGAACCACCGCGAGAAGCUCAUCGCCAUUGACCGCAUCCGUGGAAAUUUCCAGGGUAUCGGAAGCCGCCAGUGGAAGUGGUCGCACUUCUUCGAAGCCUUCCGCGACCCUCGCACUUACUUGUACGUGCUAUUCUCUCUGCUCAUGAACAUUCCCAACGGCGGUAUCACCACUUUUGGCUCCAUCGUCAUCAACUCUUUCGGCUUCUCGCCACGGCUAUCGUUGUUGCUAAACAUGCCCACCGGUAUCAUGGACAUCUCCUGCAAGCUUUUCUUCACCUACAUGUCCGACCGAUUCCUCGACCGGACUCUGUUCGCCUUCAUCGCCAUCCUUAUCCCCAUGAUCGGUGGUAUCAUGAUGAUCGUCAUCCCCUUACACGCAAAGGCCGCCCUGCUGAUCGGCUACUAUUUCAUCGGUGCCGCCGGCUCGGCUUGGUGCCUUGUCAUGGUGAUGAUUUCCAACAACACGCUGGGCUACACCAAGAAGGCCACUGUCAACGGUCUGCAGAUCCUCGCCUAUGCCGCCGGUAACUGGAUUGGUCCCCAGACCUUCCGGUCCAACCAGGCCCCCAAUUACUACGAUGGCAAACUGAUGGUCGCCGUCAUGUAUGGAUUAUCUGCCCUGACACUCGUGGCCAUUCGUGUGGUCAAUAUUGUUGAGAAUAGGCGUCGAGACCGCAAAGCGAAGGACGAACCUGCCGUUAAUGCCAAUGCGACUGGUGGAACAGAGUUUUUGGAUCUCACGGAUUUCGAGCAGCCCAAUUUCCGUUAUGUUCUAUAA